UGAUUGUCCUAAUCGUGCUUGAUGUGAAUUUCUGAUGACCUCGCUAUAUUUUUGACUGGUCACGAUUUUUGUAUUAAUGCUGGAGGGCGGUCUCCCUGCUUGCGUGUGUAUUGGGUAUCGAUUCCAUAUGGCACCUCGUCACGGGUCAGCGAGCACCCAAAUCAUUAAAAUCCCGUGAAAACGGAAAAUCACUUUCAGAAAUCAUACACCAUCGGUCUGAGAAGUUGAGAGGGAUAGAAAACGACUUUGGUGAAAAAAAAAAUUAACCUUCUAAAAACUUCUCUGCGGAGGGUACUUAUAACCAUGUCUUCCGUUCUUCUCCUGUUGGCUUACCUUGGCCUCGCAGCGUCGCAGCUGAAUCCGGAGGUUUGUCCAGACCAACAGUCAGCGACUGUAUCAUACAAACUCUGGUCCUCUGUAGGAAGCUGGACUAGCGGGGCGUUACCUAGUACCGCGGAUGACGUCACUUUACUUUAACCAAUGGCGUCUACCUUCUGGACACGGACGUUGACGUCAGAAGCAUCACCAUCGAGUCGACUGCAACAUUGGUGUUUAAAGACGUGGACCUGGUCGUCCGUACGCGUUACAUCCGUGUUCGCGGGGCGCUUUAUAUCGGAUCUGAGAAGUGUAAACUACAGAGUGUUAUUGAUAUAACCCUUUAUGGUAAUAAGGGCGACGUGGCCAUCUCUAGUUUCGGUGAGAAAUUCAUCGGUGUGGAGAGCGGUGGUGUCCUUCAUAUUCACGGUAGUGACCAGCGGCCAUGGACAAAACUGACCAAGACUGUGCAAAAAUUGAAGGACGGAGAGAUCUCAGAUGUCUAUAACGAUGGAAACAGAACGACAAAAUUCCAGGGAAUCGUGAUGUAUGUUUGGGAUGCAGUUUCUGGCAAGCUUGAAAAAUCGAUUGGCGUGUACGCAGCCGGUCGUAACACCAUCACCGGAUCCGGAAAUCAGUGCGAGGCGGACGAAGACGCAAAGCAGUUAAAGCAAACCCUUGAUAGUGUCAAAGACGGAAAAAUCAUCGGUCUUGCUCUCAGAAAGCAGCUGUUUUACAGUAAAAGAGUGGAUUAUGCCAUGCUCUACGAGUUAUUUGAAAACUUUGCCUUUGGGAAAGUGACCGGAACAAGUGGCCUGCGAAAUCUGAGACUGCAUGAUGCGUGGUCAUUUGUUAUGAGAAAAGGUGAAACCAGCACCUCCCAAGAGCUCUUUAUGAAGGACGAUAAGAAGGUUUUGGAAAGAGCCGCGGAGCUUUAUCACUACGAGAACGGCAUAAAGUUCACCGUCAGGAGCUGGGUGCACACCAUUCGACGCGGUGCCUGCUACUCCCGCGCUAAAAGCGCCAAGGCUGAAAUCGCUGAUCCGAAGUUGUCCCUGACCAAUGACGUCACUUCCUGGCAAGUGGGUGAUGAAGUCGUUCUCCUAUCAACUGAUUACGAUCCCAACCAAGCUGAGGUGACCACCAUUAAGAAGUGUGAUGACUGUGGACCUAAUGAGGCCAGAAUCAACCUGGAACCGAUGUUCGCUCACUUCGGAGAAAUGGUAAAUGGUGUUGAUAUGCGAGGUGAAGUCGCUCUGCUGAGUCGCAACAUAAAAAUCAGAGGUGCCCCCGCUACUAACAGCAAGACUCUUGGAGGACACAUAAAGCUGCUGAAAGGAUUCAAAGAAGCACAGGUGGAGAACGUAGAACUCGUCAACAUGGGGCAGUUGGAUACGCUAGGUAAUUAUCCAUUCCACUGGCACAUGUGUGGUGACGUCAAGAACUCGUACAUCCGGGGCAGUAGUAUCCGGGACUCCAACGCUCGUUGUGUCACUGUGCAUGCCACCAAUGGCGCUAUUGUGGAGAACAAUGUUUGCUUUAAAGCUGUCGGACACGGUUACUUCCUCGAGGAAGGCGGAGAGGUGGAUACAGUAUUUAAUGGAAAUCUAGGAGCGGGGAACACCAGAACGGGAAGUCUGACGAAAACAGACGGGAUGCCCUCAACCUUUUGGAUCACCAAUCCCAAAACGGUUAUGAAAAACAAUGUGGCAGCAGGAAGUGACUACGCCGGGAUCUGGUAUGUUUUCCCGGAAGAACCGAUCGGAGCCUCUUACGGUGUUGUCCAAACCAUGCAGAAGGGCGAGGCUAAACGCACACCUAUAAAAGAGUUCGACAACAAUGUGGCUCACUCCAAUCGCGUGGCCGGUCUCUUCUUUGACAAAAACCUGAAGAACAAUACAGGUUUUGGUUGGGGAACAAGGUACAACCCCCUCAGUGACCCCCUGGAUGAGAACUCUGCCCCCCAGACCGCUGUCUUCACCAGGCUGACCGCGUACAAAAAUGAAAGGUUCAACGGUUGGUUUGAUGCCGCCAAUAUUCACAUAACUCAAUCCUCGUUCUCAGACAGCUUGAUCUCCCUUGCCGUGAGAAGGAGUGCCGAUGGUCCCGAGUGCUUGGUUACCAACAGUGUGUUUAUGGGAGAGUCUAUAAACUUGGGCGAGCCCUCAGUGAUCAGAGGGAACGGCAUGGUCAAGACCUACCCCCGGGCGGUGCCUCUCAAAAUGGCAAACCAGCCUCGACAAGGUUUUGUGUUCUAUGACCGAGCGGUCAGUCUGGAAGAUUCCUGGUUUGGUAACUACGCUAGCACAGAUGACUACAGCGCAGGCGCCAUCGGCUUCGAAAGGAACAACAAGCACCUGGCGACCCACGGCGCCUUCACCAAAGGCCUCCAAUGGGGCUUCAAUGACGCUUCGCAAGGAAACCGAGUGUUUGACGGUAACGCCACUGACCUGGGCUUCUCUGCAUUGGACGGUGAUGAUACCGUGCUCUUCAAAGAUCUUGACGGGUCCACCACAGGAGUAGGAGGACGCGGAAAUUUUGUGGUCAAACCACUUCCAUUCCACCUGACUGAACAGUGCGAGGAAAUUGAUAAUUGGAAAAUGGCGAUAUGUCCACAUCAAUAUGGCCAGGUUCGAACCAAUUUUGAAGGCAAAGUCGCGGACCAGAUAACAGUCACGCGUGAUGACGACAUUGAUGACCCAGUGACUGCAGACAGAAUGUCUUUUGCUCCAUUCCUGGCGAUUCUUGGGGGUACCCACAGCUACCUCGUCAGGUCCAACGCCAAAGUCGCCCCUCGCUGGUGGAGAUUUGAGUUCCUGGGCUUAUCCCUGUCCAAUUCCGCAACGUUUGCCGUCUGUAUUCCACGCCAAUCCACUGCAAAGGUCGCCAUAUUGAAUCUUAAAAGUGGAAAAUGGGAACGAGGCGUAGCCGUGUCUACACAUGAUGAAUUCAAAGCAUCGACGUCUUCUAAGGAUUACUUCAUAGACCCAGAAGUUGGGGCUGUGUUUUUGCGGGCACAGCACAUCCGAGAACGGACAGAUUUGGACCGUGGUGACUGUCUAGACAACAAAUGUCCAUUCGUUGGUCUCAGUAACUCGGACGGCGACAGGUCGGACAUAGACUGCACUGACCGGUUUUACGCAAAGUAUAAAAGAGACGCUGUUGUGCCCGCUCGUAAGAAGAGAGCCACUGCAAAUACGGAUCGAUUUCCCGCCACCAGCGCCACCCCACCCACGAACUGGGGAGCAGGAUCCACAAACCCUUAACGACCAACAUCUUCUUUGUUCUGAACGUUUACUGUAAACACAGAAAAUAAAUGUUGUCAGGAACUGUUUGUGUCAUUAGUACAAUCUCCUUCGUCAUGAAGUUUAACUGUAAAACACAGAAAAUAAAUGUUGUAGUAUCAGGAA